AUGGCACCCAAAAUUUUGUUUACUGGAGUCACUGGCUUCGUUGGAGGUACUGCUUUUUCCAAAAUACACGAUGCUCACCCGGAUUAUGACUAUACCCUGUAUAUCCGCAGCGAAGAUCGUGCAAAGAUCAUCUCGGAGAAGUACCCCAAGGUCAAGUUCGUGUAUGGAGACCUUGCGAGCACCGAUGUGAUCGAGAAGGCGGCAUCUGAGGCUGACGUGGUUGUUCAUACGGCAGAAUCUGCAGACUCACUCCCAGCGGCCAGGGCAAUCGCAAAAGGUCUCGUUACUGGCCACUCGGCAGGAAAUCCAGGAUACUAUAUCCAUCUUUCAGGAGCAGGUAUACUGACCUGGUUCGAUCUCAAGAACCAGCGCUAUGGUGAACCACCUUUGUCGGAGCAAAAGUACAAUGACAUCAAUGACAUUGGCCGCAUUCUCAAACUCCCUGAUGAAGCGAUCCACAAGGAUGUUGAUAAUGUUGUCCAGGGCAUCAACACAGAUGCCGUCAAGUUCCUCAUUGUGGCACCUCCUGUUAUCCACGGAACUGGUCUUGGCCUAUUCAACAAGACUAGCAUGACAGUUCCAGGUCUGGCCCGAGCAACAUUUGAUCUUGGCUACACCCCUUUCGUUGGAGCUGGAAAGGCAAAAUGGGACCACGUCCAUGUAGAGGACCUUGCAGACUUUUUCACCAAAGCCAUCGAAGCAACCCAGGAUCCCUCCAAGAAAGAUGACCCUGAGAUAUGGGGUAAGAAGGGGUACUACUUUGUCAGCGGCGGUGACCACCAGUGGAAAGAGCUUGCAACCUGGGUUGCCGAGGAGGCUCAUCGUCAGGGGUAUAUACCUGAGUCUAAGACUCAGUCUGUUACAUUUGACGAUGUGAUCAAGAAUGGCUAUAAGGCUGGAGCUGCCUGGGGCAUUAACUCGAAGGGAGAGGCGGAGAGAGCGAGGAAGUUUCUGGGAUGGGAGCCCAAGGCGCCGUCACUGAAGGAGACGAUCGCUGACUCGGUGACUUUGGAAGCUCAGAUUCUCGACCUAAAGCCUAAGCACAAAUGA